AUGGCAGAUUGUGGCUGUGGAGCCAAAUGUGUCAAGUAUUCUGAUGCCAGUCAUUGCACAAGGUGUUGCACGGGAUCACUGAAGCGUUCUCUUAACACAUGGAAGGAUAAGACCAUAACACGCGGUCAUCGCUUCCUAUUACCUAAAGCAGAAUCUUCUAUCUACCGUACCCCCAUGUGGCUACAAAAUAAUCCUAGUCCACGAGCAGUUAAGCGAAAAUCGGAAUCAUCAUCUAGACGUCUACUCAGAGAUUUGAAUGAGAUUGUCGCAGCACUGGACGAAAGAGACAACUUCUUAAGGAGUUGA